GCGCGCGGAGGUGCUGUCAUGUAGCCGCGAACGUACACACCUGUCCUCGUCCUUUCAUACCCUGGCAAUACGGCCGUCAGUGAAAACGAUACGCGUGUACCGUGUACCAGGCUGAUCGACGUGCUGUUGGACCUUAGGUCCAAAACUACCAACUAACGUCAAACGCGAGUUAUGAAUGUAAUCGUGCAUCUCGUCCUCCAGGUGAUCACAUAUCAGCUCGUACAAUGUCAAGGAGGUGGUGGACCCAGUACAUUCGGAUACGACGCAUCUUCUGCGUGCAGUAAACCAUAUUCGCGCUCCGGUCGCGCGCGACUCGCAAAUCUACCUUGUGAUUUUCGACGUCAAAACUGGUGCACGGUAGCUGGCACCUCUUAUCCUUGGCAUGCAGUUCGUCGUUUCGUACACGAAAACCAAGGUUUAAUGAGACGCAUGUACGGAGACGAAAGGCACAUCAAUGUAUUAAAAGCAGAACUUGAGAAAAACGAUAUCGAACUAAGAUACGAUGAAUAUUAUCACAAUUUCGCGGAUGAACACAGAAAAUACCAGUACUCUCACGAUUACGAGUACUUCGAGGGAGACAGCGAGUACGAAGGUCGAGGUUUCACGAGCAGAGCGUUCAACGACAAUUCCGCGAAACGACUGAACAAGUUCCCAAAAUUAAGCGAAUACACCAGGCCCCAUUUCCGACCCACCGAGAAAUCCACCACGUCGACCGCGGCGACACCCGCGCCUUCCACAUCCACCACUUCCUCCACAACGGAAACAACAACCCCGGCUACUUCGAUCACUCGUGAAUCAACAACGAAAUCAACAUCUUCAACAACGAUUUCAACGAACAGUACAAACGAUGACACAAAGGAGAACACGACGGAAGAAGCGAUAGCCUUAACAGUGACCACGUCUCACAUGAUGAAGGAACAGAACUUCAGCAUUAACGAGAUACCGGAACAGAUAGACAGGAUCGACGAGGAACUGGAUGAAGAUGACGAAGUUGCAGAAGUGUCGGAGAUCAGUUUAGACGAAACAUCGACUGCAAGUUCGCCAGGCAUCACUGAACUACCGUCUGAUCCCGACGUCAGUGAGGAUCUACUCGUCACACCGAAAGAAACAACCGUUCAGGAAGAGAUUUCCGGUUCGAAUGAACAAGAGUUCAGGCCACGGCCGGAAUACCGACCCGCUGAUAAACCGGAACCUUCGAAUAUGGAGGGACAACUGUAUCAAGACGUCGCUGCGAAGGAUCAACAGGAACAACCGGUUCUGAAGCUUCGAGGAGUGAAUGCUUGCCCCGUGAAAGAAGAAGUAGUAGCGCCAUUUUGGGCAAAUAACACAAGAGGCGAAGUAUUGGCACUUUUGAACCUCUACCCUUUUGAACAGUACGUCCAUUGGGAAAAAUGCACACAUGAAAACAAGCAGAUGUACUGUCGUGACGGAUGCAGAUGCGAGCAACAAUACAGACUUCACAGAUUGUUGGCCUAUGACCCAAACAACGAGUGUCGUGGUAUCUUCAGCGAUUGGUUCAAGUUUCCAAGUUGCUGCGUUUGUCGUUGCUACGAUUUACCCCUGGAAUUUCGUGUAACAUCGCGCUCUCCUCGCAGCCAGAAGCAACGAAUCAAAGUAAGAUCGCCUCGAAGUCGGUAUACGUAACUAACUUUUCAGACAUGAAUACUUUUUGAAUUAAUGCAAUGAUUUCGCAUUACAUCUUAUAUAAAGCGCCACCGAUGCAUCGGGGUCCCUGACACCCCGGAUGCCAGAAUGUCAAUAUGUAAAGUAUUGCCGGUGCUUCGGGGUCCUUACUACCCCAAGCCAUCGGCUAAUGCGCCAUCUAUAUAAAAUUGGCGCAAACUAUUCGUUAACUUACCGACUGCCGAAGGAUGGAUUACCGGCUGUCGAAAGUUCAGUCGAUAAGUCGGUAAUUUAUUAAGCCGUUUCCGCCACUUUUGUACAGAUGGCGCAAUGGUCAAACUUUAAAAAUACUAGGCGGUCUACUCAAAAUACAAGUUUGUCAAAUAAAUAUUCUAAUAAUUUUUCGGUCUUGUAAUUUUAUAAUUGACUAAAUAACGAAUUUGAGAUUUUAUAUGCAGGAGGUGAUCAUAAUAUUAGAGCCAUCUAAGUACAUGAUUGACUUUAUUGCUACUUUUCAUAAUUACGUAGGCUAAAUUGAAUUUUUUCGUGCAUUUUUAGAGGAAAAUUGUCAAUUAGAAAUUAUUCAGUAUAAAAACCUUCAUAUUAUAAUUUUUAUUUCUACACAAAAAUAAUAA